GCUGUGUUACGUCAAUGGCGAAAACUACGCCUUUCAAAUGCUCCAAAAAUUGUACUUUCCAUGACAAUGACAUUGCCUUUGUUACCGCCAGAUAUGUUUCAAGAAGCUAUGUCUAUUAUACAAAUCGAAGCUGAUAUCCUUUCUUGCGAAUAUCCAGAUAUUUUACAAUUUACGUCCUAUCUAAGACGUACCUGGUCAAAUAUGGCAUCAAAAAUUAGUACCUAUGGUUGUCCUGUACGUACUAAUAACAUAGUAGAAAGUUUUCAUAACAUUGCAGUUCAAAAACUCGGCACAAGAAAUAUUAAUGUUUGGACGUUUCUAGAUUUGAUUACCGAUCAAGAACUGGAUUUUCGUCGUUUAAAAAAUAAUGUUAGACCUCGACGAAGCCAUACACGGACAAAUAGAGAACGCGAUAUCAAAAUUAUUAAU